CACUGAGAUUAUUCUAACCCUCUUCCUGUAGACAGACCUGAUCCGGACACGAGUGAGAGCUGCUGGACUGAUGGACGUUCAUGGGAAUAAGCUGAGUGUGGGCUCUGUCAUGAAUCAGUGUGGGGGGACAGAGGAGGGAGUCCCUCCCUGUAAAAGCACUCUGUGGGGGAAACAUGGCUGCCAGACCGAAGCUCAGAGCCCAGAGAAGCAGCAGAGACCAGACUCCCCUGGACCUGAACCCAGCUGUGUGUCCAUGAAGAGUGACUGGUCCAGGAGAAAACCUGUUAACUUUAAAGGACAACCUCCUACAGAGACUCAACUCCAGCAAGUUCCUGGUGGUCAGUAUGACCAGCAUCACCCCACAGACCUGGACUCAAUAUUUAUGCAUCUUGAAGAAAACAUUUUCACUUUUGUGAAGGACGAGUUAAAGAACUUCCAGAAGGUUCUAAGUACAGAUUACCCAGAAUACUUAGAGAGACAUAGUAAGGAUGAGAAUUUGGUGGACGGUGAGGAGGAAGAGCAGAGGAGGAGCAGCCAAGAGACAUUUCUGAAGAUUACAAUGCACUUCCUGAGGAGAAUGAAGCAGGGGGAGCUGGCUGACCGUCUGCAGAGCAGAACUCUUGCACCAGUUUGUCAACAUAAACUCAAAUCUCAACUAAAGCAGAAGUUCCAGUGUGUGUUUGAGGGGAUUGCCAAAGCAGGAAAUCCAACCCUUCUGAACCAGAUCUACACAGAGCUCUACAUCACAGAGGGAGGGACUGCAGAGGUCAAUGAUGAACAUGAGGUCAGACAGAUUGAAACAGCAUCCAGGAAACCAGACAGACCAGAAAUAACCAUUAAAUAUACAGACAUCUUUAAACCCUCAUCUGGGAGAGAUGAACCAAUCAGAACAGUGAUGACAAAGGGAGUGGCUGGCAUUGGGAAAACAGUCUUAACACAGAAGUUCACUCUGGACUGGGCUGAAGACAAAGCCAACCAGGACAUACAGUUCACAUUUCCAUUCACUUUCAGAGAGCUGAAUGUGCUGAAAGAGAAAAAGUACAGCUUGGUGGAACUUGUUCAUCACUUCUUUCCUGAAACCAAAGAAGCAGGAAUGUGCAGCUUUGAAGAGUUCCAGGUUGUGUUCAUCUUUGACGGUCUGGAUGAGUGUCGACUUCCUCUGGACUUCCACAACAAUGAGGUCCUGACUGAUGUUACAGAGUCCACCUCAGUGGAUGUGCUGCUGACAAACCUCAUCAGGGGGAACCUGCUUCCCUCUGCUCGCCUCUGGAUAACCACACGACCUGCAGCAGCCAAUCAGAUCCCUCCUGAGUGUGUUGACAUGGUGACAGAGGUCAGAGGGUUCACUGACCCACAGAAGGAGGAGUACUUCAGGAAGAGAUUCAGAGAUGAGGAGCAGGCCAGCAGCAUCAUCUCCCACAUCAAGACAUCACGAAGCCUCCACAUCAUGUGCCACAUCCCAGUCUUCUGCUGGAUCACUGCUACAGUUCUGGAGGAGGUGUUGAAGACCAGAGAGGGAGGAGAGCUACCCAAGACCCUGACUGAGAUGUACAUCCACUUCCUGGUGGUUCAGUCCAAACUGGACAACAUCAAGUAUUAUGGAGGAGCUGAGAAAGAUCCACACUGGAGUUCAGAGAGCAGGAAGAUGAUUAAGUCUCUGGGAAAACUGGCUUUUGAGCAGCUGCAGAAAGGCAACCUGAUCUUCUAUGAAUCAGACCUGACAGAGUGUGGCAUCGAUAUCAGAGCAGCCUCAGUGUACUCAGGAGUGUUCACACAGAUCUUUAAUGAGGAGAGGGGACUGUACCAGGACAAGGUGUACUGCUUCGUCCAUCUAAGCGUUCAGGAGUUUCUGGCUGCUCUUCAUGUCCAUCUGACCUUUAUCAAAUCUGGUGUCAAUCUGCUGGCAGAAGAACCACCAACCUUUUUGUGGUCUAAACUAUUCAGAGACAAACCUAAACCAACAUAUUUCUACCAGAGUGCUGUGGACAAGGCCUUGCAGAGUCCAAAUGGACACCUGGACUUGUUCCUUCGCUUCCUCAUGGGUCUUUCUCUGCAAACCAAUCAGACUCUCCUACGAGACCUACUGAAAAAGAAAAGCUCAGAGACCAAUCAAGAAACAGUCAAGUACAUCAAAGAGAAGAUAAGCGAGAAUCUGUCUCCAGAGAGAAACAUCAACCUGUUCCACUGUCUGAAUGAACUGAAGGAAUGUUCUCUAGUGGAGCAGAUCCAACAGUACCUAAGUUUAGGAAGUCUCUCCACAGAUAAACUGUCUCCUGCUCAGUGGUCAGCUCUGGGCUUCAUCUUAGUGUCAUCAGAAAAAGAUCUGGACUUGUUUGACUUGAAGAAAUACUCUGCUUCAGAGGAGGUUCUUCUGAGGCUGCUGCCAGUGGUCAAAGCCUCCAAGAAAGCUCUGCUGAGUGUCUGUAACCUGUCAGAGAGAAGCUGUGAAGCUCUGUCCUCAGUUCUAAGCUCCAAGUCCUCUAGUCUGAAAGAGCUGGACCUGAGUGACAACGAUCUGCAGGAUUCAGGAGUGAAGCUGCUCUCUGUUGGACUGGAGAGUCCACAUUGUACAUUGGAGACAGUGAGGCUGUCAGGCUGUCUGAUCACAGAGGAAGGCUGUACUUCUCUGGCCUCAGCUCUGAGCUCCAACCCCUCCCAUCUGAGAGAGCUGGACCUGAGCUACAAUCAUCCAGGAGACUCCGGAGCAAAGCUGCUGUUUGCUGGACUGAAGGAUCCGCACUGGAGACUGGACACUCUCAGGUUGGAACACGGUGGUGAGCAGAGACUGAAACCUGGUCUUAGGAAGUAUUUAUGUGAACUCACACUGGACACAAACACAGUACACAGAUACCUCAAACUGUCUGGUAACAACAGUAAGGUGACAGUAGUGACAAAGGAGCAGCCAUAUCCUGAUCAUCCACAGAGGUUUGACUACUGGCCUCAGCUGCUGUGUAGAAAUGGUCUGACUGGUCGCUGUUAUUGGGAGGUCGAGUGGAGCGGAGAGGUUGAUAUAUCAGUGACUUAAGGAAUCAGAAGGAGAGGAAACAGUGAUGACUGCAGGUUUGGACAGAAUAAGCAGUCCUGGAGUCUGAGGUGCUCAGAUGUUGAUGGUCUCACAAAGAGAAAAACGGGCUCCACCUCCUCCUUCUCCUUCUGCACCUCCUCCUCUAACAGAGUAGCAGUGUAUGUGGACUGUCCUGCUGGCACUCUGUCCUUCUACCGAGUCUCCUCUGACACAUUGAUCCACCUCCACACCUUCAACACCACAUUCACUGAACCUCUUUAUCCUGGUUUGGACUAGAGUUGUGUGGUUCCUCAGUGUCUUUGUGUUCACUGUAGAAGGGAGAGUCUCCUACACUACUGACUAAGACAUACGUUUUUGUUAUGGGUUUUUGUUAUGGGUCCUUUUAUUAAAGUUUUAUGGGGCAAAUUUUAGAUUUAGUGAACUUUUUCGUCAUAUAAAUAAUUAUGUAUAAAUAAUAAAAUCAAGUUACACACACAGGCAUAUAAAUAAUCAAACAUAUGUAGUUGUUUGAUAAUUUAGAGAUUGUUGAUUUGUCAUUGGAAUAAUAACAUAUUUAUAUAGCGCCUUUCAUGAGGCCCAAGGACGCUUUACACAUAAUUAAGUUUGAAUAUGUCUACUUUGAAUUAUUUCCACAGUAAAAAAAAAAUCUGUACAUUAAUGUAUAUGGAAGUAUGAAUGGUUCUGACAUUUAGUUCUAUCAAAAGAUGGACAGAUAUUUAAUCAAAAUUAAAAUGCUGAUUUUUAUGGGUUUUGUC